CGGUGACGACAGCAUCCUCAUCGCCCCCAGCGCGGUACAGACAGCUUGGAUCCUGGGGCCGCUAAGAAUCGACCGGCGCCCCGACGUGUUGCUUUAGUAUCUUAUUCCUUUUACAUAUACUUGGUCUUAAUAUAACUACUUGUAAGCGUAUUUUGAACAAUGCAAUGAUUUCUUUCGAAGAUGCAGCUAUUCGUAGCCAUUAUACUUGCGCUGUGCUCAAUCGAGUUUAGCUCCAUACGCUUGUUGGCAAAUGCCGGUCGCAUUUGCGAACGUGGCGGCUAUUGCUCCGUCGGCAAGCUGGAUGGUUACACGGGCCCUUUAGACACAGCAGCCCAGCUUCAGGAGGCGCUGAAGGCGACCGCCUUCAGAAAUGAGGUUAUCAUUUUUGCAGAAAGCAGAAUGAAUGAAGCGGCGCAGGCGCUUCACCGCUUCCACAGUGCUGGUUACGGCCAUGUACUCGUCGUCAUGGAUGAACCAGUGCAGUGCCAGCAGCUUCGGGCCGUGCUCAGGCCCUGGCAGGCGGAAGAAGGCCCUGUAAGCUGUGGUACGUACGCCAUCAAAAGCCCCAGUGGUACGGCAUACCAAAGUGGCUUUGAGUACCUCCAACAUCCCGUACAUCCUAUGACCGGCUGGCGAAAAUACCAUACCGUGGGCCGAGCUGUUGCCCUUGGGUACAACGUGAUGGCUGUUGACACGGAUAUUUUGAUCCUUGACGACUGGUACUGGCGUGCAAAGCAACCUCCCCUGAGACAGUACAACAUGUUGUGCCAGAAUGAAGUGGGCAUUGCUUUCAACAGUGGCUUUUGCUACAUCCAAAAUGCCACUUCAAAUGGACCCAUUACAUGGCUUCUGUUCGAAGCUACCCACCGAGUAGCACGCUGGACAGAGGACGACUCUGUUCUCCAAAACACCUCUUCGCACUUCAGACAAUCCCGCAUAUUGCGGAUAAACGACCAGUCCGUCCUGCAAGAGACUGUGCACAGUGCAGUUUUGGGGCGGCCCAUUUUUUCAACGCUGUUGGCGACUUACGGUGAUGAUGAAGAGGCAUACAAGAAGCACGGAACGACACGGUUUGACAUGUGGAAGGUGAUCGAGGACGCCGUGCGUGGUACUUGGGAAGAAUACACGACCAUUCCGAUUGGAGGAGAAAUAGCCAAAGCCACUUGCGAAUUUUAUGAGGAGCCUACAUGCAACACAUCGGUGGCCGGUGCAGUCCUCAUGUCCAGUGUUAAUCUUAAAGUGCCCCACAGUGGUGGACAAUGGCCACUGGAAUUUGGCGGGUACCCCUUCAGUCGUACAAUUGGUCCCAAAACAGCGGCGUACCGCCGCUCCUAUGCUGAGCUAGGCGUGUCCCUUCCUCCCGACCCAGAGGACCCUGCAACGGAGGCUGCGGCACGGGCCAUUAAGCCCGAGAGGUUCGGCUACCUGGCAGCCCACAGAAAGGAGGACAACUGCUUGGGUUGUUGGGCCCAGAGCACCUGGUCGGCAGUUGGUCGGCAUGGCUGGUGGCACACGCGUCUGUACGACACCGCACCAGCCCCGCGCAAGGUAGCUAUGGGCCAUGUCUGGGUGGCACUCUUUCCAGGUGACUUCGGAAAGGACAUUGCCCUCAUGCUGGCAGGGCACUACGACUUCCGUGUUGCUGCAAGGGCUGCCAAGGGACGUCGAUAUCUGACCAACCAACUUCUUCCACACGGCUUGUCUCACUACACUCUUCCGGAGGCUCGCGUGGUUGUAGCUUUCCAGCCCGGUGUCAUACAUGCCGGCAUGAGCAAGGAGCAGUUCAUCAAAGCAGCGCAGGGUCUCGCCCAAGUGGCUGUAACGCUGGGUGCAAUCGCAGCCUGGCCCACUGUGCCCUGCGACAGUGACUGAGCCUUAAGGCCUGAAGUCCGCAGCACACUACAGCGGCCCAUCAAGCACUCCAUCCCCUGGUCGGCCUACCUGGAUACCAAGUACCAAGUGCAGCCCUUUGGCGACUCGCUGGAGCAGCUGCAGUGCGAGUGGCCGGGGUUCACACAUGCAGAUUGCUUUAUGAACAGAGAGCCUGGAGGCCAGGACGUGUGGCACGGCAUGCUGGCUGUUGAGUUCCACCACCUGCGCAACAAUCAUCAUCACAGUCAUGGCCACAACACCCGGCUGGAACCAUCCCCGGCAACCACUCUCGUACUUGGGAACCCCGCGACUCCAAUGCCGCCUGCUGGUAACACGGAGCAGCAACGUGUGGAGUACAAGGACAUCGUGAGUCUCAACGCCGAGUCCUUAGUCCAGCGUUUGCAGAAGGAGGGUAUGCCGGUCUUCUGGUUGGACCGGUUGGUUGAGGUGGUUGGGAUGCAGGGUGAGGCGGCGGCCACCUACCAGAGCUGGUACAGCAAAUGCAAGGCUCUCAGCUACUAUGACCUGCCAGCACAACAAAGAAGUAACUGGUAGCCAGUCUCGGUUUGUAAAUGGAGUGAAACGGAGUCAUUAGCACUUGACGACUGCAUGCUGUGUGCUUAAGCAUUUCUGUCUGCAUGUACGGGGCUGCAUUCAUGGGAGCACAUAAGGUGUUUGUGUCAUAGGUGGAGGCAGCCUGCCUUGCGGCGUUCACCAUCCACCGCGCGACAGUGGUGAGUUAUCUUUUCCUGGCACACGCACAGCGGUCCCAAGCCCGGAAACUCCGUUGACACUGGUGACGGGCAUUGGCGUAGUAAUACGUGCUAGGAAGUAGCAGCCACACUUCUGUCUCCUCUCAAUCGGCCAUGGUUCCGCCAGGCUGCAGGUGAAGGAAUUAGCCUACUGCUGUGCCCUAACCAUAUUUCAUUGCUCAGGUUGUUGGGUGUAGGUAUCGAGAUCAGAAUAUCAUGGGCAUUAUGGUGUCUGCUGGCUUGGGUCCAGUGGUAGGCUACCUGCAUGCUGGACACGUAGAGCUGUGACGUGUACGACUGUGAAUCUGCGACUACAUGGACGAGCAGCCGGGGCCACCUAGCUGCGUGGGGUCUUCCCGUUCGCCUGGGAUAAGGGUUGCCGGGGCGCCUUGGGGUAUCAGACGGCAUGCCCGGGCCGACCUCGCUGGUUCCCCGCCGUGGCCCCCAUGGGCAGCGGUUCCGUCCGCACCCCACGCUGCUCCCCCGAACGUACUGAUGGCAAGCCUUACGGCAGUACUGGCAAGCAUGCGCUGCGCUUGAAGGGUACAGCCCCCUGCCCGGCCGUCAGGGCCAUGAGCUAAUAAGACAAAGGC